AUGUGCUUGAACCUCCCUUUACUGCCCCUUUCUUUCUCUCAAUUCUCGCGUGUAACUUCCGAACGCAAAAUAGCCUACUUGGGAGAGAGAGAAGAGAACACAGAGAGAGAAGAAAAUACAGAGAACCCCAAAACCACACAACAACAAUAACACAGAGAGAGAGAGAGGCUCAGACAGACUCAGACUCAGACAGAGACAGAGACAGAGACACCACCAUAAAAAUACAACCACUAGAAGACUCAAGACUCUGAGAGAAACUAGAGCAAAUACACAGAAGAAAACUGCUCUCUCAUCUAUCCCAUUCUUCUUUCUUGCCUUUUCUUCUUGUAAAUCACUCAUCUUUAGAGAGAAAGACAAAGAGAGAGAUCUCCUUUGUCAUUCUGCAUUGCCCACUUUGUAGUGGACAAGAAUUUUUUGAGGAGCGGGAUUAGGGUUUUUGAUAGUGGGUAUUUUGCUCAGAGCAUGCUUUGUCUUGGUGGAUUUUUUAGGGUUUCGUUGGAUCGCAACUGGGUACUCGUCCAAUUCUGCUGUUUUGGACUAAUUAGGGUUUGAUCAGAGCACAUUUGAGGAACUGACAGAUAUUGGAAUAAUCGCGGCCGCUCAUAGAAUGAGCAUAAGCUCCGAUCUUUCGCCGGAACGGAAUUGUGGAUUUGCCAGAGCUGGGUUGAGUACAUGAACUCUGAGAUUGCAUAGAAUUAUGGGAGUUAUUGUUUUUCUGAGCAUGGAAGAAGAUUGCACAUACUGAAUUCGGUACAUGAGUGAUCAGAGACUUGUGGGAUCAGAAUUUCGGAGCAAAAGGACUUCUGGGGUUUUGCUGUUUUUGCGUGCUUGAUCUUCAGCUGGGAAUGAAUUUGGUUUUGGGUUAUAAGGAGGAGCUGAUGAUUCUGUAUUGGUCCAGAAGGCAACACAGAGGAUUGGAUUGUAGUGGACCGUUUUCGUUUCUCAAAAAACCGUUUGGCUUAACUUAGUUUGAACAAAGUUCUUGACAGAUAGCUUUUGAAGUAGUUAGUUUAUCUGGGUUUUGUUGGAUUUUAGUUCAGUUUUGUGUUGCUGUUGUUUCCACUGAGCUGGUGCUUUUUGCUGAGCCUUGGUUUUUAAAGUGAAUUGUGUGUGUUAUUGCUUUGCCUGCCUGCCUGCACUUCUGUGUGGAAACGAUUAAGGAUUGGUUCAAGUGCCUGUUGGAGUUACUGAGAAGCUCAUGGAGGAUUUUUGAUGCUGGGAAUGAAUGCGGGGACAUGGUGCAUGGACAGGAGCAUAGUUGCUGGUUCGUUCCCUUUCUGGAACAGUGCUACUGGAAACUAAUUCAGGAGUUUUCUUCCUUGGAAGGCACUGGUGUUUUGUAUUGUGGGAUUUUGUGCAAUGUCGCGCUGCUUUCCAUUUCCCCCACCUGGAUAUGAAAAAAAGGCUAGGACGGAUGAUGUGGACUUGCUAAAAAAGGAGAAGCACAGAGAAAAGAGGCAUAAAAAGGAAAAAAAGGACAAAGAGAAGAGAGAAAGUAAAGAAAAAAGUGAGAAAGACAGAAGUGAUGGAAAGCAUCGGGAAAAGAAAGACAAGAAGGAAAAAAACAGAGACAAGAAGGAUAAGGAGAAAGACAGGGACCCAGUUAAAGAUAAAAUUAGUCCUUCUGAUGAGAAGAGAAAUCCAGGGAAAACUGAGAGUUUUGGUGCAGAGAAAUUCAUUCCUAAAGAGUACAAAGAUAAUUGUGUUGACAAGAGAUAUACUGGGCAAGUUGGAGGUUAUCAGGCCGAGAAGCUCAGUCAAAAUCGUCAUCUGGCUGUGGAGAACCACAAUUCUGUAUUGUUGGAGUUGGGUAGGAGAACUAAAGAUGAGGCCAGAGGAAUUGGUAACCAUGUGGUUGAGAAGAUUACUGAAUCAGACCGAAAGAAGGAUGAGGGGAUGGUCAGAUUGGUGGCUAAGGAUGCUGACAUUUUGGCUGAAGUCAAGGAAAAGAACAAGGACAAGAGAGUUGAUGACAGAAAGACGGAUGGGCAAGGAGUCAGGGUUGCAGCACAGAUUAGUGGGAACACAAUGGUUCAGAACCCUGUUGGUAUGGUUGAAACUAAAGUUGAAGGACUUUCCAGACCAUUGGGGAGCAACGUGGAUAGAAAGAUUGAUGGAAAAGAAAAGACCAAAGAGAAGGAAGGUGAUGAUAAACGAAGAGAGAAACGCAAGGAGAAAGAUAAAGAGAAGAAAAAACAAGGGAAAGACAAGGACAAGGAUAAAGAAAAGAAAAAGGAAGCGAAAGCAAAGGAGAAAAAUGAAUCUAAGAAUGCAGAGCCAGGCAAAGAGAAGAAAAAGGAAGAGAAAGCAAAGGAGAAAAAUGAAUCUAAUAUUGCAGAGCUGGAUAAAGAGAAGAAAAAGGAAGAGAAAGCGAAGGAGAAAAAUGAAUCUAAGAAUGCAGAGCUGGAUAAAGAGAAGAAAAAGGAAGAGAAAGCAAAGGAGAAAAAUGAAUCUAAGAGUGCAGAGCCAGAUAAAAUAAGAAAGAGCAAUAAAGAGGAUCAUAUAGACCCUCAUUACGUUAUAACCUCCCAACUUCCGAAAGACAGCAACAAAAGUGCUGGUGCUGAUGGAAAUCUUAAGAAACGAAAGGACUUGCAGACAAAUGGAGUUUUGCAUGCCAAUGACAUUAGGCCCAGUAAACUGCCGCGACCCUCUUCUUCCUCACAUCCAUUAACAAUUAAUGGAAGAACAGUGGAACCUUGCCAAACUUCCACCCCGUAUGUUUCAGAUAGGCUGGGAUCAGCAAAUAAUGUUAAGGUGGACAAUAAGGACCGCAAGAUAAAUGGCAUCAUUGAAGCUCCGUCAUUGUCUGUCUCCCCUGCAAAGCUGACUUCUACAGCUGCACAGGCUGUUCCUGUUGCCGAAGCAUCUGUGAGACCACCCCAUCCAGAUUCCAGAUAUCUAAGCCAGGUUUAUUUGGUUCCAAAGGUGGACGAAGUGCCUGAUUAUGACGAUGAAGAUUGGUUGUUUGGGUGCAGUGGUAACCAAUCAAAGAAGCCCAAGGUGGAAUCUUCAGGGGUUGAGGAGACACCUGAGGUAUGGUCAGAGGCUCUGCGGAUAGAGUCUGCUGAUGUUCAUGCUCUACCGUAUGUCAUUCCAUAUUGAUUGACUGAAAUGGGCAUGCUUCACCUCCUAACUCUGAUGCGGGCAACCCUCGAUAGGACCACACUAGACCGAAGCUAGAAAGGCAUCUGGCCACCUUGGACAUAUAUUCAGAGUUUUCUAGCUGCAUUCAUCUCUGAUUGCACUCUGUUGCAGUGAGUACGACUAAUGGUCUGCUUCUCAAAGAGUCUUAAAUGCAAAGGUUGCAAAGGUCACUCACACGUUAUGGCUUGCUGCAGGACCGGGCGGGCUAUUUGGAUUCAAGGGCUGGUUUUCCCCAACAGCUAAUUCAUUCAAAACGGAAAUUUUCAUAAGUGCGACCAAGUGAAGGGUUGCGUAGAAAGGGAGAUAGAUAUAUAAAAGCUUGUGCAAUUUUUGUUUUCAUUUGCUUAGGAGCUGAGAAGCUCAUUCUAAUUGAGCAUUUAAGAGAAACUAGCCACAAUUUUGAUUUGUAACAUAGAACUCUUAUUUACAAGAAAUGUAAGAUAGAAGGAAAGGGAAAGUAGUUGCAUUCGUUGGUUGGCCUCCUUCCAUAAUUGUUCAUCGCACUGUGUUUCCAAAAUUGCUGUCCUUUAAUUUCCAUU